GUUUGAAUGUGUGCGUAAUCUCGCACAUGCGCAGAAGGGUCCAGUUUAACCGCUGUAUUUCCUGUUUGCUGUUCCAACUCAAAGCGAGCGAUGGCAGAAGUGAAAGCUUCCCUGAUUUGUGCAGUUGCAGCUGUUUUCCUGAGCUCAGCCGUGCUUGCAGUUGUUGAAGACCUAGAUGACACAUUUAAAGAGACUAGAGUGAACGACAUCUGGCUGGUUGAUUUUUAUGCACCAUGGUGUGGCUACUGUAAAAAGCUCGAGCCGAUAUGGCAGGAGGUGGGAGUUGAGCUGAAGACCUCUGGGUCGCCAGUCCGGGUGGGAAAGAUGGAUGCCACAGCCUACUCUGGAAUGGCUUCAGAGUUCGGUGUCCGUGGUUACCCCACAAUAAAACUGUUAAAGGGUGACCUUGCAUAUAACUACAAAGGACCAAGGACUAAAGAUGAUAUUGUGGAGUUUGCAAACAGGGUGGCCGGACCAGCCGUGCGGGCGCUUCCCAGCAAGCAGAUGUUUGAGCAUAUGUUGAGACGGCAUGAUGUGCUUUUUGUGUAUGUUGGCGGCGCCUCUCCGCUCAAAGAGAAGUACAAUGAUGCCGCCUCUGAGCUCAUUGUCUACACGUAUUUCUUCUCUGCUUCAGAGGACGUCUUGCCAGAGUCCGUAACUUUGCCAGAGCUUCCUGCAGUUGUGGUCUUCAAGGAUGAAACCUACUUUACCUAUGAUGAAUACGAAGAGGGUGGUUUGGCAUCAUGGGUGAACAAGGAGCGCUUCCAGGGAUACCUGCAGAUUGAUGGGUUCACACUCUAUGAGCUGGGAGACACAGGCAAAUUGGUGGCAAUUGCAGUCAUCGACGAGAAGGACCCCACAGAGCAGAGCGGCAGAUUAAAGGCCUUGAUUCAGAGGGUGGCGAAGGAAUACAGAGAGCAUUUUAACAGAGACUUCCAGUUUGGCCACAUGGAUGGGAACGACUACAUUAACAGCCUCAUUAUGGGUGAGGUGACGGUGCCCUCCGUUAUCAUCCUCAACACAUCCAACGAGCAGUACUUCCUGCCCAGUGAGCCAAUUGAGACCGUGGAGCAGAUGGUCCAAUUCAUCAGCAGCGUUUUGAACGGUUCUGCACAGGCGUACGGAGGUGACGGCAUCAUUCAGAGAAUCAAGCGUGUGGCCUUUGAUGCAAAAUCCACCGUGAUGUCAGUGUUCCGCAGCUCUCCACUGCUGGGCUGCUUCCUGUUCGGCCUACCGCUGGGUGUAAUUAGCCUGAUGUGCUAUGGCAUCUGCACAGCCGAGUCGGAUGACGGCUCGGAUGACAUAGACGCGCUCAAGAGGGAGGGCAUGACUGACGAGGAGGAGGACGAGGAGGAAGAGGAGGAGGAGAGGCAACGCGCCGCCGAGCUGGAGGGCCCCGAAGAAGGAGAGGAGAUGGAGGAGGAGGAUGCUGGAGAGAAGGACCCCGAAGACAAGAAAACCGAUUAACAAAGGGGCUGCUGCCACAGGAGGAGGACGGGCCUUGUCAAACGCAGUGACAUGAAACUCAAAGACAUAUCAAUGUAUUACUGUUCUGCUUCUUUGUUUUUCAUCUCACUUCUUCACAGAGCCCCUGUAGCACAGACUCUCCUCCCAUCUUGGUGUCGGCGCGUGAGGUCAGCUGCUCAGUGAAGCCAUCAGAUCAUGUUUAAAGCUAACAGGCUGCUUAGCGAAGGGGUGAUACAUGCGGCGCGUUUCCGAAGAGACGUUACAAAGUGCUUCAAGGUGCAACGGACGACCGCGAGACGAAGAGUAAAACACAUUGUACAUGUUAAAUUAGCACAACAACUAAUCAACACGAGAACCAGGCGGUAAAGGAGCGUCGUCAUAAAACGUCCGGUUUGACGACCUCCAUAACAAAAGAAGGCUCAGCUGUGAACCAAAUAGUUAUUUAUUAUGGUUUGAUAAACCAGCGGUUCAUCCUGUGUGAUGUUUGACAAUGUUUCGUUGUUUUGCUUUUUUUUAUUUUUACCACCUCAUUCCAAUCUACUGUUACAAGCUGUAAUAACAGAAACGGAUCCUGCUUUCAAGCAAGCAAAACAGAACGAAGGUCCCCAGAGUCCCCCCAAACCUAAAGUGUCGGCUUAUGUGAGAAGUGCCCAAGAAGGAAAAUCUGCCAUAUAUGAAUUGUGCUUUUUCUACUGUUUGUUGUUGCCUGAAAAAGAGAGAAGCUUCUCGUUGUGGGGGUGCAAAGUGCCGCGGCAGUCACGCAUUUCAACCACGCUCUAGUACGACGUUAGAUUAUUAUUCUGUAUCGCUGCGUUUGAUACUAAAUCAUAGUUUCACUUUUUGAAGCCAUUCCUGCUUCCUGACCCGGAGUAGUCGGGUCCUACCUGUACAGCAGCCUCCUAUGACACGCAUCACUCGCUCCCACAGCUCUUAACAACUCGCACUCCCCAGAUAGACCGGCUCUGUCUGUUCCCAUAUUUCAAUAUGUCCCCCAUCACUGCUUUCUAUAUUGAAUUCAGCGAGCAGGUUGAAGUUUACAUCCAAAUGCACUGAGUCGCACAUGGGGUGUACGAAAUAUUAGCUACGUCUGCCUGUUACUGAGUUUGGCUCCUUUUUUUGUAAUAAUCCCCAGUCGUCGGCUGUCUGCAGGUUUAGGAAUCUCUCUCUCCUGUUUUCAUCCUCUUGUGACUAAAGUGUAUGUAAUAGCUGAAAUAAAAUAAGGGUUAUCGGUUCCUCCUGAAUUAACCUGGCUGCCUGUUCCUGCUACAUCUUGAUCUGUUUUCCCCCCAUUUUCUGACAAACGCUCACCACGAUGCACCUUGUUGGAUUAGACGUCCCAAGGUGCGCCUGUGGCAUCAGUGUCAUGUUAAAGCACCGCAAUACGCGUGGAGGAUCUCCAGUAUGAAGUGACAAAAUGAAGUCACCCGCUAAACUCGGUUCAAUCUGAGCAUCGGCGCGUCGUCUGUGGCGGUUUCUGUGGCAACAAAGGCCCGUUUUCCAACAGCUGCCGCUGGAUUCUGUGUCCACCCCGAUUCAGCGAGCAAAGCACAGACCAGUAAUGUAGACGAGUCCACGUCUGUCCCUGCAAUCGGAGGCACCUCGGCGCUGCCAGCAGCUGCCUGGCUUGGCUCCGCUGGGCAGAUGGAAGCGGAGAACGCCGCUGUCCGGUGCCAGUCGAGCUCUGGGCCGAGCCACCGGCUCCAGGUUAUAGCAGUGGAGAACGCGCGCGGCUGUUGGUCUUCUCUCUGAAGCAUAAUGCUCUGAUGUGCUCUGCACUGUAUUAUUUAUCUGUGAAGACUCACAUCCAGGUCACGGUGAUCCCACAGGUGUUCAUUCAUCUGGAAAAAAAAAAAAAAAUCAUGCAUUAUACUUACUGUGCUGAGCUGCACCAUCAUUUAUGUUCAAAUCGGCUCUGAAAGCUUUUAUUGGAGGUUUGCUCUCAAGGCAACUAUUAAGGAAUGGUGAUGAAUGAAUGUGAAGGUUCAUUCAUAACCUUGAACGCAGAGCGGUCCGCGUCCUGGCCUGUACCAGUCAUAUCUCACAAACCCCAUGACAGCACAGCAAACCGCUGAGAGGAGAUUGUUUUAGCUUAUUCUCAAGUGGUAAUGAAUGUUCUCUUACAGCGUGAAAGUGAACUUCUCCUCCUGCUUCCUCCUUUCGGCGCCUUCCUAGGAGUCUUCGCUUUGCCUUUAGUUGCUCAUUACCUUUUCUAGAUCAGUAAAUGUGGCCCCUCCCUCCACUUUGUUGUUCUCCUCGUACACGGAGCUGAUCUGUAUUAUUACUGUGAAGUCGCGUUACGGAAACCCUGCCCUCGACUUGCCUUUGGUCUUUGUAGUUGCCAAACUUCCUCUUUGGGUUUUGAAUUGAGAUUGUCACAUUACAAGUUUAAGACUGAAAUAAAGAUUGUCCUCUUUUUCUCGUU